AUGCCAACGACGCGUUCAGCCAGUCGCAGUACCACAGCAGCCGCGGCUCCGGAAGUGCCCACACCGCCGGCGCCUAAACCCCGCUCGACGAAACGCAAGGCCAUCGAGACAAGCCAGGAUGCUGAGGUCAAAGCGCCGAAGAAACGCGCUACCAACGCUACCAAGGCGAAGGUCGAAAGUGCACCCGAACCCUCGGCUGUCGACUUUGAAAUACCACCUGCCGGGGAUGCGCUGGCACUCGAGCUACUCCCGGCCAAGCUCACGUUCUCAUUCGACGAGGCCAAGAGCCACCUCGUCAAAUCGGACUCUCGCUUCGCGGAUGUCUUCGCCAGGCAGAUGUGCAAGCCGUUCGAGAAGCUCGACCGAGUAGAACCAUUCAAAACCUUGACGUCUUCCAUCCUCGGGCAGCAAAUCUCAUGGAUCGCAGCGCGCUCGGUUCGCCACAAGUUCAUUCGAGUCUACUUCCCAGAGAUGCCGGAAAAGCCAGAUGCCGAUUAUUGGGCCAAAGCUCCAGAUGCGGACAAAUUCCCUACGCCGCAUCAGGUGGCGGCAACGCCCUUUGCUAUAUUGAAGGGUGCUGGUCUCAGCGUCAGGAAGGUCGAAUACGUUCAAGAUUUGGCGGCUCGCUUCGCUGAUGGUCGUCUGAGUGGCCAUAAACUCUUCGAAGCAGAAGAUGAGGAGCUGUAUGAGAUGCUCACAGCGGUCCGCGGGAUAGGUCGAUGGACAGUGGACAUGUUCGCGAUCUUCUCCUUACGGCGCCCAAACAUCUUGCCAACAGGAGAUCUAGGGGUGCAACGCGGUGUCCUGCGCUGGUACCUCUCCUUGCACAACCCCACCUAUCGCAUCGAAGUCUCACCUCAGAAGUCGCUCGAGGAAGCCGACACGCAGGAGAAGAGCCAGCCUGCUGAAAAGGACGCUCUUCCCACUUUUGGCCCGCGUGAGUCGACAGAAGGGCCGGCAACGCCGCCGCCUAGGACCGCCACUCUGCCCGAAAACUCACAAAACGGCGAUACGCGGCCGGAUGAGACAGGUUCGCUGAUGCGUCCACCGGUCGCGCCAACACCCUCUGCGCUCGGGCUCCCCUCUCUCCCGGCGUUCACGCCCUCUAUCAACAACACGCUGGAACGCCGGGAUGCCGAUUCCAACGAACUUCCCGCUCCGUUGCCCGCCGGGUUGACCGUGACAGAGAUGAAGGCGCGCCUGACUGGCAAGAAGAAAAUCAAAGGCGCGCUGCUCACCCCUGUGGAGAUGGAAGCACUUACGGAGAACUGGAAGCCCUACCGGAGUCUGGCCGUAUAUUUCAUGUGGGGUUUGGCAGAGAGCGCGAAGGAGCCCAAGUGA